AUGGUCUUUUACUGCAGUGUGUUCGCAACUCCAGUACCCCAACAGCCCAAAAGCUCCAGUCCUCCAGUACCCGGCAGCACAGCCCAACUCCACUUCUCCCAAUACCCCCAACAGUCCACUCCAGUCCUCCAGUAUCCCCAACAGCCCAACUCCUCACAUCCUCCACCCCCAUCACCCUCCAAUCCCAACGGCUCAAUCAGUCCUCCAGUAUCCCCCAACAGGCCGCAACUCCAUCUCCUAGCCUACCCCCAAACAGAUCCAACUCUCAGUCCUCAGUACUCCCCAACCAGCCAAACGUCCAGUCCUCCAGUACGCUCCACAGCCAACUCCAGGCUCCUCCGUACCCGCAAACAGUCAACUCCGAGUCUCCAGUACUCCCAACAGGCCCAACUCCAGUCCUUCCAGACCCCCACAGCCCAACUCCAUCUCCCAUACCCCCAACAGCCAACUCCAGUCCUCCAGUAUCCUCAACAAAAAGCCCAACUCCAGUCCUCCAGUACCCCCAAAGCCCAACUCCAGCCUCCUCCAGUACUCCCAACAGCCCAACAUCCAGUUCCUUCCACCAACUCCAGUCCUCCAGUAUCCCCAAGCAGUUCCAAACUCCAGUCCUCCAGUAAUACCCCAACAGUCCAACUCAGUCCUCCAGUACCACGAGCCCCCCAGUCCUCCAAUACACAGUCCUCGCUGCCAGUAUCCAAAAGGGGCCAACAGCCCAAAGUCCACGUCCCGUCAGUAGCCGAGGUGACCGCCCAACAGUCCAACGUACAGUCUCUCAGUCCUCCAUUCCACCUCCCAACAGUCCAACUCCAGUCCUCCAGGUACCCCCCAACACAGCCCAGAGUCUCCAGUCCCCAGUGCACCUCCCAACAGCACAAUAUCUUCCGAGAUCCUCCAGUACCCCCACAGCCCAAUUUCAGUCCUCCAGUAUCCCGCAACAGGCCCAACUCCAGUCCAUCCAAGUACCCCCAACAAGCCACAACUCCAGUCUCCAGUACCCCCAACAGCCCAACUCCAGUCCUUCCAGUUUACCCCCAACAAGCCCCAAAUACCAGUCUCCGAGUACCCCAACAGCCCAACCUCCAGUCCUCCAGACCCCCAACAGUUUCUCCGAGUACCCCCAAAACAGCCAAACUCCAGUACACCCAACAGCCCGAACUCCAGCCUUCAGUACCCCCAACAGGCCCAACGCCAGAUCCUUCCAGUUACCCCCAAACAGUCCAACUCCAGUUCCUGUACCCCCAGAACCCAACUCCAUCCUCCAGCUACCCCCAACAGCCCAACCAGUCCUCCAGUACACCCAAACAGCCCACUCCAGAAUCCUCCAGUACCCCCAACAGCCCAACUCCAGUCCUCAGUACCCCCAACAAGCCCAACUUCCAGUGCCUCCAGGGACUCCCCAACAGUCCAACUCAAAGUCCUCCAGACCCCCACAGCCACAACUCCAUCCGUCCAGUACCCCAAAACAGUCACAACUCCAGUCCUCCAGUUUACCCCCAACAGUCCAACUCCAGUCCUCAGUACCCGCCUAACAUUUCCCAACUCCAGUCCCCAUUACCCCCGAGACAGUCCAACUCCAGUCCCCAGUACCCCCAACAGCCCAACUCCAGUGCCGCCCAGUACCCCCAUAUCAGUCCAACUCCAUCCUCCAGUACCCCUAACAUCCCAAUCCAGUCCUCCAUACCCCCAAUAGUCCAACUCCAGUCCUCAGUACCCCUCAACAGCACAAACUCCAGUCCUUCAGUACCCCAACAGCCCAACUCCAUGUUCCUCCAGUUACCCCCAACAGCCCAAAACUUCCAGUCCUCCCAGUACCCUCAACAGCACAAACUCCAAAGUCCUCCGUUACCCCCAACAGCCCAACUCCAGUCCGCCAGUAAAACCCGCCAACAGCAAAUCCAGUCCUCCAUACCCUCAACAGCACAACUCCAGUCCCCAGUAACCCCCAACAGUCCAACUCCAGGUCCGCCGAGUACCCCCAACAUGAAGCCCAAUUCCAGUCCUCCAGUACCCCCAACACCACAACUCCAGUCAUCCAACAGUGCCAACUUCGCAGUCCUCCAUCCAACUCCAUCCCCUGUACCCCCACAGCCCAAACUCCAUACCCACAACAAAAAACCCAACUCCAUCCUCCAGUCCUCCAACAGCGCCCAAACUCAGUCCUCAGUACCCCAACAGUCCAUCUCCACGGUCCUCCUUACCCCAAACAGCACCCAACUCCCAGUCCUCCAGUACGCCCAACAGCCAACACCAGACCCCACAGUCACCUCCAUCAUUACCCCCACAGCCCAACCUCCUCCAGUACCCCCAACAGCCAAAUCCCUCCUCAUACCCCCAAAGUCCCAACUCCAGUCCUCCAGUACCCCCAACAGCCCAACUCAUCUCUCCAACGACCCUAUCCUCCAGUACCCCCAACGCCAACUCCAGUCCUCCAUACCCCAACAGCCACAACUCCAGUCCUCCAUACCCCCAACAGCCAACUCCAUCCUCUAUACCCCAACAGUCCAACUCCAGUCCUCACAGUACCCCAAACAGCCCAACAUCCAGUCCUCAACCCCCAACAGCCCAACUCCAUCCUCAGACCCCAGACAGUCAAACUCCAUCCUCCAUACCCCCAAACAGCCCAACUCCAUCCUCCGUACCCCCAACAGCCCAACUCCAUGCCUCCAGCUCCUCAGUAACCCCCAACAGCCCAACUCCAUCCUCAAAAACAGUACCCCCAACAAUGCCCAACUCAGUCCUGCAAACCCCCCCCCGCCCCCACGCCACCGUCAGCCCCACUCUAACCCCUCUACCCUGGCAUCCCAGAAACCCCCCCCCCACCCGUACCGUCAGGUCACCUCUCUACCCUGGAUCCGCAGACCCCCCCCACUCACCCUCUACCGCUGGAUGCCCAGACCCCCCCCCCCCCCCCACGUACGUCCGUCAGUCAGCGGCGCUCUACCCGCUUGGAUUCCAGACCGCCCCUCCCCCACGUACGUCAGUCACCCCUCUAAGCCCCUGGGAUCCCAGACCCCCCCCCCACGUACUGUCAGUCCCGCUCUCCCUGGAUCCCAGACCCCCGCCCCCGCCGCCCACGACUAUCCGUCACCCCACCCCAUCCCGCCCUCCACCAGCACGCUCACACUCUACCGAUCAGCCCCCCGCCCCACCCGUCCCCACACCUCGCCCAACCCCCCCCCCGCACAAUAUCUCAGCUUGAAUGUUGACCAACCACCUAAGCUCAACCUCGACAAGACGGAGCUGCUCUUCCUCUCAGGGAAGGCCUGCCCAUUCCAAGAUCUUUCCAUCAGCGUUGACAACUCCACGGUGUCCCCCUCCUAG